AUGUCUCCGCCCAAUCCAGAUGUUCCAAAGAUUCCACCUCGCCCAACGAGACGACGAUCUGAUCGGCCUAUAUCUCCGAUGCACGACACCUUUGCGCCCUCGCCACUAAAUGCGCUUCCUGGAGAAGCUGUCCAUUCGAAUACAAACCCCCCUUCACACCCUCCUAGUGUCGCGGCACUUCCAUCAGUUGGUCAAGAAGGAAUGGAAUAUGAAAGUAUAGAUGUUACAAAUGGGGAUAGCGAUGAAGGCGAAGCUAGAGACCGGAUCCAACAACCUGCUGAGACAAGAGGUAUUAAUCAGGAUCUACACCUUUACGCACCAAAACCUUCGUUACCGGGCUCUAGUGCAAUGGCUCAGGUGGAAGUUGUGACAAGGACAGACUCCCGCCAGGCUGAAGCCGCAGGUUUUGGGAAAUCAGCUUCAGCAACUGAUGAAGAAGGGACACAAAAUAGGAAACUAAGCGCCCAGAACGAGCCCUCAAGCGAACCACGCAAAUCUGAGCAGCUAGAGGACGAGCACGGUAUUCCUGAAAUUGGUCAGCGGGCCCCCAUGAUUCCCAACGCUGGUGAUGUGCAAGCGCCCACUCCUGCGACUUUGGGAGCCCAUAAUGAAGGUUACAGGGGUGAUAAUUCUGGCUCUCAGCGACAACAGCAUGCCCGAAAUCGAAGUGCGCGAGAAAACUCUCUUCCUCCUGGUAGCUAUGGACUUCACGGUCACGGCGUGCCUUCAAACGAUAAAUUUGAAAAAGCGUGGUAUGAGAAGCACCCCGAAGAACUAGCUCGUGAAGAACAAGGGCAUUACGGCUCGGGGAUCGGAAGUCCUAGACCGGAAUGGGUUAUGUCAAGCGACGACUUAAAUAAAAUGGUUAAGUCAUCCGCCACAAAAGGCAUUGGACUCGAUUUUAUGGGUACCCCGGAGGAAGAGAUUGGGUAUAUAGCCACCGAAGAACUUGCCUCGCGCCUUGCGUCGCCACCGCACGGAUCAAAGGUGCAUCAGCAAGACUCCCAGAAUAUUGAAGCAGCUACAGAAUUACCAAAGAAAAGCUCUGAUUCUAAGGGUCUUGACGCCCGAAAGGAUGAGCAUUCUCCCGUGGAGCCAACACGCGAAGACAACAGAGAGGAGGUCAAAAUCCACAUAGACGAACCAAUUCACCACCAGCAUCAUCCGGAUGGGUUUAUGCCAGCUCCAGACGAACCUAAGCCACCUGGCGAUGAUUCAUUGGAUGAUUAUGAAAAGGAUGUACCAAUACUCGCGGAAGACGAAAUUGAUGAGCGCGCCGAACAUUUACAGCCAGCAAUAUCACCCGCUUUAGGUAGGAAAGAAAACCUUCACGGCAUCGGCUCACCUGAACAAAAACACAGCCGAUCUCCCAGCGUUGGUAGCAAUCGAACCUCCGCGAGACCCCUCCCUAGCCCAAAACUAUUGAAAUAUAGCUCGCGAGUAGAAGAACUCGAGGAUAUGAGACGACCACUUGAGGAUGUCGAAGAGUACGAACCACUCUUCCCUGAUGACGAUAAAGACGAGAACCAAUUAUCGGUGGAACAGAAACUUGCAAAGCAUCCCGGGUAUCACCAACACAAAUUCCCUAGCAAAGAUGUGUGGGAGGACGCGCCAGACAGUCUACAGUUGCAAACAACAGUAUCUAUACCUGAAAGCCCAAAAGACGAGAGUACCGAAAUCCCAGAGGAAGAAAUGGCGAGGAACCGGCACUAUGCACGAAAGAAGUCAGAUCAAAUCUCAACAGCGUUUUCAAACCGAGCCGAUGAUGUGCCUGCCAGAUCCCAGGUUAAACAGCGCUUCCCAAGCAAAGACAUCUGGGAAGAAGCUCCAGAAAGUCAACAACUUGAAACGACUGUGCAGAUCCCAGAACAACAAAAUGAGACCAUAUCACCAGAAGCCGCGAGGAAACCGUCUAUUCCAGAGGUCCCUUCUCGCCCGUCGAAGAGACCACAGAAGACUUCACCUGAACCCCAAGCUCCUCCUCCCCAAGUCGAGUCUACAGUUUCGCCAGCAGAAACAAAGAAACCACCUGCUAUUCCAGAGCGCCCUAAGCCUCAGAUUCCGCCAAGACCCGCCAGACCACCAAAACGAACUUCGCAAGACAGCUUGACCAAGGUGACUUCAACCGGUUCUAGCGAUACAGCACCCGUGAAACCUAAACCCCCUGUCCCAUCGCGCCCACUCGGUUCGAAAAUCGCAGCGUUGAAGGCAGGAUUUCUGUCGGACCUAGACAACCGCUUGAAACUUGGGCCUCAAGCGCCCAAACCAGAGGAAAAGAAAGAUGAAGAAAAACCGGAAGUUCCGAAAGGCCCACUGAGUGAUGCGCGUAAAGGUAGGGCACGAGGUCCUGCAAGGAGAAAACCUGCCGUCUCUUCCACACCUGAAAAUACAAUGAAAGAGGCCCCUCAAGCCCCUCAAAUAACACUUGUUGAGCCAUGGAAUGUUUGGUCAAUGGGAUCUGAUGGAAUUUUGGUGCUUUGCCAGGAGGAGGGACGACGUGAAAGCCUUCCCAAGUCAGAACAAUCCUCGAUCGAGCAAAAAGAGACAGGAACUGUCGAGCCAACCAAUGUGGAGGAAGAAGUGAAAAACGGCGAACCGGAAUCACGCAGUCCAGAGCCCCAAGAUUCCAUGGAAAACCCAAAACCAGAAUCAACCGAAGACCAGCCUGAUCUUCCAGCUGGAGAUCCUACGACAAUCCCUCAUGCUCCAGAUUCCCCUACUCUUUGA